CCAUGGCUGCCGCUGUGCGGGAGUGCCUGGAGCUCCAGCUGCUGGAGGUGGAAAUGCUCCUUUCCAUGUUCCCCAAGAAAGGGGAGAUUAGCCUGGACGAGGCUGCCGUGCCCGCCCUGCAGCGCUACCUGAGGGACGGCGGCGGAUCCCUGCCCCCGCGUCUCGAGUAUUCGGUCGCUGUCGGUGUCGGGGAGCCGGAGGUGAAAGUGGAAUUGCAGGUACAGUUGCCUCAUAUGUAUCCCCAUGUGGCUCCUCAGCUUUUUGCAAGAUCAAAUGCACUGCACAGACAGCAACAGUUGCAGCUCAACACUCUUCUCACUUCUCACAUCGGCUCUUUGGAUUCAGGUGAACUGUGCGUAUGUGAAGCUGUGCAGUGGCUGAAAGAGAACAGCCUGCCUUAUUUAGAAAAUAGUAAGGUCUCUGCUGAAAGUGUUUCAAAGGAAACAGCAGUUAAAGAAACAAUUCAACGUAUGUGGAUCUACAGCCAUCAUAUAUACAGGCAGGAAUUGAGGAAGAAGAUCUUUGAGUGUGCAAAGAAAUUAAACCUGACUGGCUUCUGCUUGACAGGAAAACCUGGGGUGAUCUGUGUGGAGGGAACCAGAGAAAACUGUGAGGAGUUCUGGCGUGUUAUCAGAUAUCCCAACUGGAAGCAUAUUUCAUGCAAACAUGUGGAGACUGUAGAAGCAGAAGGAAGCAUUGAUAAUUUGCGCCUCUUUCAAACUUUUGAGGACUUGCAGUUUCAGGCCCAUGGUGAUUAUGGCCUGAGGAAUGACUAUCACAUGGAUCUGGGCCAGUUCCUUGAAUUCCUGAAACAGCAUCAAAGUGGACAUAUUUUUCAGAUUUUAUUUGGUGUUGAAGGCAAACUUGCAGACAAAUAAGAAAAAAAAGAUGUAAAAGAGUGCUAACUUUGGACAGCAAGAGAUGAAGCUGGCAUAGCAUCCUUAAGCUAUGGCUGCUGUGAAAAGGGAAACUCAGUGUUUAACACAGAAGGACAGUUCAAGUAGAUAUUCCUGGCUCUGUUCUGAAUUGCAGUGUGUUUUUUGAAAGAGGUGCUUGUUUACUUAUUUUCAGAGACCUUAAAAGCAGCAUUUAUCACUGAGCCACAUCUCACAGAAGCGCUUGCAAGGUGAUGAAAAUCCCACAUGGUAGUAUCCCGAAUUACACUGGUCUGCAAUCAUCCAUACUGUGCUGUGUUACUAAGCUGGGGUGCAGAGCUUUAGUUAACUUUUUCAUUUAGUUGUGUGUCACCAAGGUGGCUGUAGUCAGAGAUUAAUACAAUUUCCAGUAUAAAAGUACACGCCACCAAAGGGAGUCAGAGAUUUGCUGCAUUCACUGUCUUUUACUGCUGUAUGAAGCAUCUGCUCUCACUUAAUUCAGCUGAUCCAAGAAAAGCAAAGACUCUUGUGCCCAAGCACAGCACCAGGUUUUGCAUUUAAAACAGAGAAUUGUGUGUGGGGGGAAGUAAACCUACAUCACCUGUCAUUUGGAAGCUCUGGGUAGUGUGUCUUUACAGGGAUAAUGUUAUUGCCCACAUUUCCAAUAGCAGCUUCUUCUCAUCUCAUUAGGGUCCGGUUACAUUAAUGGUAAUUUUGAAUGGUAACAGUUGCUCAACUUGUGCUUUUUUAUAUUUGUAUUGCUAGGCCUAGCAUAUUGAAAGGUGUUUAACAUAAUAAAUAAGGAAAUAUAUGUGUUGUGUGUGAGUCUGUAUAGAUAUAAAAGGAUUGUCAUAUUUGAAUGUUAUUAGUAGAUGAAGGCUGUGUCUGAGAAGUCUGAAAUAGCUGUGCCUUAAAGAACCACCAUAACACUGCCUUCUGCUUUCUCUCUAAGCACCAUAAUAGGAAAAUUGGUACACAGCAAUAAAACCACCCUUACUGUUGAGGUAUGGAUGACCAAAUCUACAAAUCGAGCUAUUUGGUUAGCAGCUACUUAAAAGCUGUGUUUCAGUACACUCCCCUGAUGACUACAAUAUUAAAAA